UAGGAAGCCACCCAACGCUUUAUAAAGAGAGCGCAGCGUUUACUGGUAAGGUUCUGGAGUUGGGAGAGGGGAUCGGCUUGCUGGACAAGUCUGACCAGUGUUAGUGAGAGUUUAUAAGAGCAGAAACAGUCUGUGUUUUCGAUGCGACAUAGGAGAGACAGCUAGAAGAGGCAGAGAUGGCAGACAUACGAAAAAAACUUGUGGUGGUGGGAGACGGCGCGUGUGGGAAGACAUGUCUACUGAUCGUGUUCAGCAAAGACGAGUUCCCAGAGGUGUAUGUUCCCACUGUGUUUGAGACAUAUGUGGCGGACAUAGAGGUGGAAAACAAACAAGUCCAGCUGGCCCUGUGGGACACCGCCGGCCAGGAGGACUACGAUCGGCUGCGCCCACUCUCCUAUCCGGACACCGACGUGAUCCUGAUGUGCUUCUCCGUGGACAGCCCGGACUCGCUGGAAAACAUCCCCGAAAAGUGGGUCCCCGAGGUGAAACACUUUUGCCCGAAUGUUCCCAUCAUACUGGUGGCCAACAAGAAGGAUCUGCGCAACGACGAGAACGUGAAGAACGAGUUGUCUCGGCUGAAGCUGGAGCCAGUGAAGGCGGAGGACGGCCGCGCCAUGGCCAUGCGCAUUGGCGCAUAUGACUAUUUGGAGUGCUCCGCUAAAACCAAGGAGGGGAUCUGGGAAGUGUUCGAAACGGCGACACGGGCGGCUUUACAGAAACCACAAACACCAUCAAGUGGUUGUCUGAAAUGCUGCGUAUUGAUGUGAAUCCACUGUGACGCGCAGACGAGACGUUUCCUCCGGGCCGGGGUGUGUGUCUGAACAUGUGCGGGCUGUGGACGCUCCUUUCCGGACGCUGCUUUGUAAUCAGACUCCCUCGGCUGAAGCAAAACCAAUGACUGCAAACAAGCUGUUCUGAACACACUCUGGAAAUCAUCUGAUAUCGGGAGUGUGUGUGUGUGUGUGUGUGUUUGUGUGAAAUGCACUGGUUACAGCAUGUUCUUUGUGGGUCACGUGAUCCCAGUCUGACUUGUGGAGGGGGAAAAAGAAAAAUCACAUUCAUUUAAAUGGAAAGACUUUUUUUAACCCCCUCUCAUUGCCUUUCCAAAGGCCUGCUUGCAAGCCAAGGUUUAUAUUGCUCACUGUUCUUUGUGUUUCCAAUGUGUUUGCAUAGGCCACUGCCUUACUGCCAAGGUUACACUUUGUAAUAAGCAAAGCAGAAUAAUUGCACUGUUAUUUAUGUCCACUUUGUAUGAUAACACGACUGUAUUAAGUUUGUAAAAUUGCACAGCAUCUGUACACUACAGUAAUUUCCAGACAUUUUUAUAAAGCCCACAGUGUUCUGUAUAGUUUCUUUGGAUGUUGAAUGCUACAAUUAAGUUCAUGGUUCAUAAAGUCAGAUGUCUCAGGUUUGUUAGUUGGAGGCAAACCCCAAAAAAGUGUGUUUUUGAUUCCUCAGUAUUGAAUGCCUGAUUUUAAAGCCGUUAUGCAAAAGGCCAAAUUUGACCCCAUGUUUAAGAGAUGACAGAUUGGCCAAUUCUGAAAAAGGGCUAAAUGUGUUGAGUGUGAUGUUGCAAACAUUCAGGCAGAUUCUUAUACAGUGGACAGUUUGCUAAGCAUGUUUAUACCCCAUGUUUUAUGUUCAGAUGUGGCUAUAUUAACUAAUUCAAUCUGUAAAUAGUGCAGCCAAACAAUACUUUUUCUCACAGCUCACCUGAACCAAAUCAUUUGAAGCACACGCAGAAAUGCAGUCCACAUUUAGCUGUAUGGCGACUGAUGUGACUCCUCUGUCUCAAAACUGCUGGACAUAUUAUGUUUUAGCUGCAGCUUCAUUUACAGUUAUAUUUCUACCAGAAGGUUGAGCAUGUGAGAUGGUUCGGCAUGUGAGUACUUUGCUCAGUGAAACGUGUUUUCUCAGAAAAUGCAACAAACCUGCUUAUGUUUAUGAGCCAAUAGCACAAGCUCAUGUGGGAUGAAGCCAUCUGAUGGCAAUUAAACACUUCAAUGGAAGUUUAUCGUGCUAUGUUAUUAUGAGCACAAUUUUACUAAAACAUAUGUGAACUCGAAAUGAUUUAUUAUGCUGUAAAGAGCAGUGAAACUGAGUUAGUUGAGAAACACUAAAUACUAAUUUUCCAUUUCAAUGUCUUCCAUGAUGACGAUGAAUGUACCUUAGAUUUAUGUGGUCAAACAUUAUUGGGAACAGAAAUUAAUUAAACUGAGUCAACUUUUCAUACUUUUGAAACAAAGUCACCACAAGUUUGAUGCAUGUCUGCACAGCAGUGUUGUGUAACUGUCCUCCUGCAUGAUGGUGGGAGUUCUUGUUCAAAUGACAGCUAUGAACAUCAAUUACAGAGACUGUUGCUACACUUUGGAUCCUGGCUAAAACCCCGGUGGAUUUACUGUGCGAAUUGUUCAUUUAAUGGUUACUGGGGACAAAAAAGGAACAUUUUUUGUUUGAACGUGUAACUUUUCAGUAGUUCAAAAAGUAACCACAUCACAGAUGCAUCUGCGUAUAAAAGAGUGUAUCUUUUACAAAUAAAACCAGAGUUACGAUGGUGUAAAAGUCACAUUCCUCCCUGCCUUCUGUUGCUGGGCUUUUUGCUGACUUACAGGACAGGAAUGCAUUGUGCUGGACUGGUUAAUUUUCCCACUCUGGCCCCCCUCAUGUGCCUCUGAAUUACAAUGUUGUUGGGUUAUUAUUCACUGAUCAGACAGUGCAGUUUUCAUCUUCUUUAUUUGACUAAAACACGGAGAAGAAAAAAGUUGUUCAAUGUGCCAAACUAUUAUCUUUGUAAGAGUUCAGCAUUGCCAUGGUGACAUCAAUUACACAGUGCUUUAUAUGGUGCAAUGGUACUUUGGAAACAAUGGGAAAUUUUCUGAGGAAAAACAAUACAGAAUGUAAGGGAACAAGUGGUACUGUUCUGGGAAAGUCAAUAAAAAAAUCAAUGUGUGUCACCA